AUGGAGGAUAUAGUCGGGUCAAAACGACAUGAAGCACGGACAUUUGCGCAAGCGGCUGCACUCAAAGCGGAGCGGUGGAGCGUAGCGGUUGGGAUCGUAUUCAACACUAGCCUUGAUGCUUAUCGCGAUUUGUUCGCUGGUGAAUACACUUGUUGUAUCCAGGAAUCGCUAGGAAAAGCGUGCUACACGCAACAGCUUCAAAUUAGAGACAGACCCAAGCAAUUUGGAGUCGACCUUUCCGACGCUGACAUUCUGUACGCCAACACUGGUAACUCUUAUGAUAUUCGCUUAUCCAGCGGCAGUGAGCAUACGGAAGUGCUGUGCCUCCUCAACAAUCAGACAAUACUCAGCAAUGUUCUCCAUCUGAGUCACAAAAAUAAAAAGGGGAAAUACUACCAUAUAAGAAUUAAGCACUUCUCAAAAGAAAACGUUGGUGAAUAUGACUGCACUCUCAGACGUGAUGGAAAAGACGUGCUCAUGAAAACGUUUGUUGCGACGCUGGAAUCGGAACCUGCGGUGUCGUUCUCGACUAACCUAGGAUGUUUCGUUUUGUUGCUAUUAACGGUUGUUCAUGAUUAG